CUCGAUUGUUAUGAUUGCAAUUUGCAGUCAUUCCAGGAUCAAACAGCAGCAAGGCUGCAAGCGGUACUACGGCAGAGUCGUAGACGGGAAGCCGAAGUUUGAUGAGUACAACAGCGGUCGAUCGGCCCAUGAACAAUGUGGUUGAAUUCAGGUGUAACCUCCGGCGGCGACACUCCUGCUUCCAAGCCAAGUUUUGGACUCGCAGCCAGCGCACAGGUCCCGGCCAUGUACCCCCGCUUGAAGACUUGCGAAUGGUCCUCCUAUCUUAAAUACCCUGCCCGGAUUGUCUCAGCCGGAGGUCCAACAUCCGCCCCUUUUUCUCCCUGGUUAUUGGCCAUGUAUCCCUUAUUCUCAUCACUACUCUGCUUUGCCUCGUUAAAUGUGUUGCCUUUCUCGGUCUUGGCUGGUGCUUCCGAGCGAGGCCCGCCCUUGCCUUCGACUCACAUCAGCUUGUCAUCAUUCAAAUGGUCUCUUGUGAACGCCAACCGCUCAAUCGUCGUGCCAACUCCUUUCUUGAAUCAGCCACAUCUUGCCCUCAUCAAGGCUGGCGUGAUCGACGAUCCGAAUAUCGGAUUGAAUGAAGGCACAACCCGGUGGGUUGGUGAAGAAGAAGCGUGGACCUGGGAGACAAAAUUUAAGGUUGAUCUCAAUGAUGGAUGGGCAAAGGCGGAGCGCUUCUACCUUGUCUUCAACGGGCUUGAUACCUUCUGCGACAUCCAAGUCAAUGGGCACCGGAUUGGCUCCACAGACAACGCGUUUCGAAGCUGGGUAUUCGAUGCCACUCAAGUCAUCAAAUCGUCCCUCAACCAAACAGUCCCACUCUCUCUCAGGUUUGCGUCUGCCUACGCCACUGCCUCUAAACUAGCACAUGAACCAGGCAACAUGUGGUUCCCGAACAAAUCGGCAGACAAGAAAAAUUCGACCACCUUGCAGCCCUUCGAGUACAACUACCGCAACUGGGCACGCAAGCAGCAAUCGGAUUUUGGGUGGGAUUGGGGACCUGCAUACCUACCUUCUGGCCCGAUCAAGCCUGCCUACUUGAUAGGUCUUUCUGCAUCGGCGCAAUCCAAAUUUGAGCUGGUCGACCAAAGAAAAUCCCAUCAGCCCCAGACGAGGAUUGUUCAUGAACCAUCGUCCAUCGCGCCUGUCAAAACCCGCAAGGAAUUAUCACUUCCCACAGACAAAAAACGGAAACGGGCAACGGGUGGAACCAAAAGUGCACCCUCUCUUUGGGUCCACAGGACCAUAAUUGAUGUUUAUCGCAUAGGCCAACGUAACAAUCUGUCACCUGAUCAAGGCGCGCCCUGGGUCCUCAACAUCACCCUCCCCAUCACCUCACCGAAGCUCGUCAAUGCAACGUUGUCCGGCGUCCUUUCAGGUACCUCAGUUAAACUGCCAGCGAAGCGACUCACUACACUCAAAACUCCGCCGUACAGAAACUUCGGCCCCGAUUACUCUCUGACAGUCGAGUAUAUCAUUGAUCCUAAACAAGUCGAACUUUGGUACCCUGCUACUCUGGGUACACCUACGCUAUACGAUCUCGAAUUGACGCUGCAAGCGGAUGGACAAGAAAGCGGGGAGUUGGCCUGGAGCGAGAAAGUUGGGUUCCGCACCAUUGUCGUGGACCAAAGUCGUUACACGGACCAAGAAGUGUCGAAUGGCAUUCGCCCUGGUACUCGUUUUACUUUCGUCAUCAAUGGCAAGCCCUUCUAUGUCCAAGGUUCAAGCAUGAUCCCCAUUGAUAAUUUCGCGGCUCGAGCCAAUUCUACCACCAUCCGAUGGCUUCUUGAAUCUGCCUUGCUAGCGAAUCAAAACGUUGUCAGAAUCUGGGGUGGUGGUGCCUAUCAGACUGAUGAGUUCUACGACAUAUGCGACGAACUUGGUAUCUUGGCUUGGUCGGAAAGCGUUUUUGCCUGUGGCGCUUAUCCUUUGUCACCUGAUUCCUUUCUGGACAACAUCCGCGCAGAAGUUUCUGAAAAUGUCGCAAGGUUGAAUCGCCACCCUAGCACUGCUCUAUGGGCUGGCAACAAUGAGGGAGAAGGAUACCUGAUUGAUGUCAAUCGGACCUGGACGAAUGGGUCAAUCUACUUCAACCAAUACGACCAUCUCAACAACCAUGUUUUGCGAGAGCUUGUGCUAGAUAACACCCGCUCGAUAUCAUACAUCCCAUCAUCAACUACACAAGGUUACCUUUCGCUCGACCCCUACGUAGCCCGUUACUACAACUCCACAUCCGGCGAGCUCUAUGGUGACAAGGAGCACUACAACUACGAUACUACCGCCAGUUUCAAUAUUUCGUCAUACCCGGUCGGCCGCUUUGUCAACGAGUUUGGAUUCCAUUCGAUGCCAUCUAUUUACACCUGGGAUCGUGUGCUUAAGUCUCCCCAAGACUAUGAUUUCAAUUCCACCGUGAUCCGGGCCCACAACAAACAUAACCCUGCCGAAUCUCUGGCGUAUCCAUGGCCGGCAGACGAUGGUCAAAUGCAGAUGACCACCGGGGUAACAGAUCAUUAUCCUACUCCAAGCAUCACCGGUGACUAUCAUACUCAGUUGGCACAAUGGGCUUACUCAACUCAAGUGUUCCAAGCAGCAUUCAUGGCUUCAGAAAUCAAUUAUUACCGUCUGGGUGCCAGUCGCGGUGAAAACAACAUGGGCGCGGUAUACUGGCAGCUGAAUGAUGUAUGGGAAGGUAUUAGUUGGUCAUCGAUAGAAUACACCGGUCGAUGGAAGAUCUUUCAUUACAUUGCAGCACGCGUUCAAUCCCACGUCAUAAUCUCCCCCAUAUUCCAUCAGACAAACAACACUCUAGACAUUUAUGUCACAUCCGACUUAUGGCAACCAGUUGAAGGUACCGCGCAAUGGACAUGGUAUGACUUUGCUGGUCAAAAAUUGUCUGACACGACGACGAAGAGCUUCUCAGUUGCACCAAUUCAUUCGACCCAAUUGUACCAUGCGGGCGGUCUAUCGGAGAUGGUUCCGAAUGGUCACCCUCCAAAUGACGCGUGGAUGCACCUUACCAUGACCACCAGCGAUGGCAAAUACACCAAUGAACAAUUCUUUCACCCUGUCGCACUAAAGGAUUGUCAGUUGCGACCGACCAAGGUUCAGAGUCAGCCGAUCGGCCACAACCAGGUUUCAAUCCAAGUGGCAGGCGGCGGAGUUGCUGUUUGGGUCAAUGUUGAACAUCCUCCAGGUGUACGCGGUUACUUCAAAGACAUGAAGACCGGCCUACCAUCCAAUGCCUUCUUCCUCAGGCCCAAGGAGACAAGGCAAUUAGAAUUUGUCUUGAAGGGCAAAGACAGCGACCACGAAGGCUUGGCUAAAAAUCUAGCAUCCAGAAUGGUUGUUAGAACACUCUGGGAUAAUCAACACCGUUCCCAGUAA